UGGCACGGCCAGUCAGCUGCUUGGCCAAACGGAGGCAGUUUUGGAUUCGGUCAAACUGGCGGUGGCUGGAAUCUCGUCGAAUGUAAUGGACAAUCUGCCGCCGUUGCGGAAGACGGCGUAUCCGGACCGCCGGAAGCUGUCGUCGGUGCAGGAGUUCUACCGGUACACUGAAGCGGAGGGCCGCCGCCUUUUUGAGGAACUAGACGCGGACCGCGAUGGGAACGUCACGCUUGAAGACCUUGAGGCAGCCAUGCGGCGUCGACGGCUUCCUCAGGAGUAUGCGCGCAAGUUCUUGCACAAAGUCCGGCGCGGCCUCUUUGCAAAGUCCUUCACGUGGGAGGAGUUCUCAGCGCUGAUGGACGAGCGGGAACCAGCGAUUCUGCGGGCAUACAACUCGCUUGACUUGAACUCGGCAGGAACGCUGCAGCGGAGCCAGAUCAAAGCGAGCCUGCAACGCAAUGGGCUGCCGACGACAGACCGGAACAUAAACGCUAUGAUGCGCUUUUUGACGGGAGAAGCCGACGGCCAGAUAGCUUAUGGACAGUUCCGGAACUUCCUGCUGUUGCUGCCCCCCGAACGCCUAAGAGAUCACCCGAGCACCGUGUGGUUUGAGGCGGCUACCGUGGUUCCCCUCUAUGCCCCUGCUGUUGCCACUGGAAGCGUGCUGAAAUCGGCUCUGGCGGGAGGCCUUGCUUGUGCGAUCCCAACUUUCUUUCUACAUCCAGUCGACACUAUGAAGACGAGAGUGCAAGCAUCAACCAUGUCUCUGCGAGACCUGGUCCAACAGCUCCCCGAGAUUGGCGCCCGGGGGCUGUACCGAGGGGCGGUGCCAGCGAUUGCGGGCCAGUUUGCGGGGCAGGGCCUUCGGACGGGCAUGCUGGAGGCGAGCAAGGCGGUGCUGAAAAACGUGGCCCCGGACAUUCCGGAAAUGCAGGUGCAGUCGUUGGCGUCGUUUACGAGCACGUUCAUGGGCACUGCGCUGCGCAUCCCCUGCGAGGUGAUCAAGCAGCGGUGCCAGGCGGGGCUCUACGACAACUGGCAGGCAGCUGCGAUCGGCACGUACAGGAGCGACGGCCUUCCGGGCUUCUUCCGUGGAACGACCGCGACGCUUCUCCGAGAAGUGCCGUUCUACGUGGCUGGGAUGAUGAUCUAUGAGCAGAUCAAGAAGGGCGUACGGAAAGGGAUUCGACGAGAGCUGAAGCCAUGGGAAACGAUUGCUGUCGGGGGGUUCUCCGGGGGCCUUGCUGCCGUCACCACCACCCCCUUUGACGUCAUCAAGACGAGGAUGAUGACAGCGCAGCCGGGCGUGGCGAGCAGCAUGGGAGCGACGUUUGUGCACAUCCUGAAGAACGAGGGCGUCAUGGCGCUCUACAAGGGCGCUCUGCCGCGCUUCUUCUGGAUCGCCCCCCUCGGGGCGAUGAACUUCGCGGGAUACGAGCUGGCAAAGCGCGCGAUGGAGGACCAGGACCGGAAGCAGGCGCGCGAAGCGGAGGCAACAGCGGAAGCGGAGCUCCGGGCGCUGGAAGAAGCGGAAGCCAAUCAGCGGCGAUCCGUCUUUCCCCAGUUUUCCAAGCUGCCCGACCUGCGGGAAAAGCUGCCCCGGUUACGAACGGUUUUGUCGGACCUUCGGACGCGCGUCUCAAAGCCCCGGACGUCCGGUCAGCGGAGUACGGUUGCUGGAAGCGUGAAGGGUCUUGUCGAGCGGAUUGGCGGGCGGAACAAGAGGGAAACGGAAACGGAAACGGUAACGGACAUAGAAACAGCGGGAACCGGGCGAAUAACUGGUAGGGUUGGCGGGUCGCACGAGAAGGGGUACGUAGGGGGUUUGGAAAAGGAGGGGUCGACUCAGACCCUGGGAAAGGUCGAGUUGGAAGAAGUGAGGGGGGAAACGGGACUGAAGGGACUGGUAGCUAGGAUUGACAAGCAGAGGAAGGGGCUGAAUUCGGUUGGUGGAUUUACCUGGCCUGGGAAAAGCAAGGAGGGAGAAGGGAGUGAGAAAGGGGUCACGAAAGAAUCUGUCAACACGGUUAGUGGGCACAAGGGGGAAGUACCAAGCAAAGAAGGAUCGGGUCAACCAGUGAAAAAUGCGAGCGAGGAAGGAGUGAGUGAGCGGGUUGGGGAGUCGGUGGCAGCAACGCUGCGCAAGAGUGAAACGGAACCGGCGCAACGGGAAGGAGAGGCCCCGUUGGCGGGGAGUGUGGGCGGUGCCAGUGGGCGUUUUGGAGCAGCGGCGGGCGAGACAGGGCCUGCGAGUGUACCAGUAGAGCAACGAGAUCGGCGAGGUUUUCUCGCGGGUGUGCCCGUACCCGGCAUAUUUAAGAGGCCUCGAAAAGUGGGCUCAAACGGGAAUGACAGAAGUGCGGGGACCGGAUCGAGUAGGGCGAAUCUUGUCACUACGGAUGUACAAAGCGCAAAUGAUGCAGAGUUGGAAAAGGAUGGCUCGGUUUCCGAGGGAUUGAUUGCGGCGGUUCAGAAGAAGGAUGACAUGGAAAAGAAGUAGGCGUGUGAUGGCUGUGGAGACUUUUUGUUGAUCAGCUUUUGAGGCGCAUGCGUUUGGAGGUGUUUUUGCUACUAAGAACUGCCAGGCGCCAUGCUUUUGGACGGCAGAUGACAUUUUUGGGGACCAUGUCUCAUGAUGGUUUUGUGUCAAGAUUGAGGUAAGGUUUCAUUUCCAAUAGUGUGUGCAGACACUGACAGACACGGAGGUGAACGGUACGGAUAACUCAGUGUUUGAUUGAUGGCCCAAAGUUGUUGGGACCCGGGGUCUGAGCUUUCGUGAAGAAGCGCACAGCGGCGGAACGGCCAGUGCCUCCACCUUGCAUGUACCUUACCUGGUACAUGCACAACUUCUGGUUCAAUGUCAUACCAUCGUUUACAUUCUGAACUCC